UUCAUGUCAAAACGUCUUAAUAAAGCAUUGUCAAUAUUAUUAAAUACUUAUUAAGAACCUCAAUAAUUUGUUCAGAUCAAUAUGUCUGUACUCGGAAGAAUAGCAAAAGUGGUAAAGAGCUGUGGUAGAAUUCAACCGAUACUUUUCAAGAACAAUAUGCGCCCCAUAAGCUACCUAGCAGUCCAACACGAAUCAGUCAAAGACAUGAUAGCCAGAUACGAAUGCAUCUUCGGCAGAGAAGACUCCGAUGGCUGGGACGUGCGUCAAGCUAUGAACGAUCUAACAGCCUAUGACUCUGUUCCCGAGCCUAGGAUCAUCAUCGCAGGACUUCACGCUUGCAGACGUUUGAACGACUAUGCGCUUUCUGUGAGAUUUUUGGAGAUGGUGAGGAACAAGUGUGGUAAUAACGUAGAUACUAUUUGGCCGUAUAUUCUUCAGGAAGUAGGACCGACUGUCGCGGAGUUGGGGUGCGAUUUUCCCGAGAGCUUGGGAUACGAUAAGCCAGAGUUAUGGUGGGAGUCCGUGUUUGAUAUGUAGUUGGACAGUUUAAAGUAUAUGUAUACCUUGUUUCGAGUUUAAAAUCAAAUAUAACCUACAACACCA